AUGGACAAACACAAUCGAACAAUACUGAACGAAUUCAUUCUUAUGGGAAUCACUGACCGACCUGAGCUGCAGGCUCCAUUGUUUGUACUGUUCCUCAUCAUCUACAUCAUCUCAGUGGUGGGCAUCUUGGGCAUGAUCAUCCUCACCUUGGUAGACUCCAAGCUACAAACACCCAUGUACUUUUUCCUGAGACACCUGGCCAUCACGGAUCUUGGAUAUUCAACAACUGUGGGACCCAAAAUGCUGGUAAACUUUAUUGUGGAUGAAAAUACAAUCUCCUAUUAUUUUUGUGCUAUACAGUUAGCUUUAUUUAUUUUGUUCUUAGGUAAUGAACUGUUCAUUCUAUCAGCCAUGUCCUAUGACCGCUAUGUGGCCAUCUGUAACCCUCUGCUCUACACAGUCAUCAUGUCCCAAAGGGUAUGCCACAUGAUGGUGACAAUCCCCUAUCUCUACAACACAUUUGUUUCACUUCUGGUCACCAUAAAGAUUUUUAACCUAACCUUCUGUGGCUACAAUGUCAUCAGUCAUUUCUACUGUGAUAGUGUCCCUUUGUUAUCUUUGAUAUGCUCAAACACACAGGAAAUUGAAAUAAUAAUAUUCAGCUUGUCAGCUUUUCUUUUGAUUGUGUCCCUUCUAGUAGUUCUUGUUUCUUACCUGCUCAUUCUUGUAGCCAUUCUCAGAAUGAACUCUGCAGAAAGUAGACGCAAGACCUUCUCCACCUGUGGAUCUCACCUGACAGUGGUGGUAGUGUUCUAUGGAACAUUAAUCUUUAUGUAUGUACAGCCCGUGUCUAGUCAUUCCUCUGAUGCUGAUAAAGUGGCGUCCAUAUUCUAUACUCUGGUUAUCCCCAUGCUAAAUCCUUUGAUCUAUAGCUUGAGGAACAAAGAUGUCAAAUAUGCUUUGCGUAGGACUUUGGAAAAAUUGCAAGCUAUAUUUUCUCAACGUCACUAUAUCAUAUGA